AUGCUGCGUGCGCGUGCGUGGUGCUCCUACACGGCGGCGCGGUGCUCGGCGGCCAUCGCGAUUGGUGGCGGCAAUGGCGUCCUCGGCGGCAGCGGUAGCGCUGGGGCGGGAAACAGUAGUGGCACAGCUGCCGCCUCCGCCUCUCUGCACGAGCAGCGUCGCUACUCGUUCAAGUACGCGACAAAGCGGCAGCACAAUGAGGUACGUCAGCCGUCAUACAUCCACGACAAGCGCUAUGGCCUUUUCAGUAAUGAGCACAACAUCGGUAAAUCCCGCCGCGGGCUGCCGCACAUCACGCCGAUAUACACGAAGCACAUGAAUCUGUGGGAAGCAGACACAGACGCGAGCACCAAUCGGUUCUUUCGACACUACGUCUUUGGCCAGCGGGAGGUACACCUAUUACUUGGUCGGCCCCACGGCUUUGAAGCCGAUCAAGCUGGUGGCCGCCAGGGCGACUCAGCCUACGAGCUCAUCACAAUUUAA